CUGCCGCUGCUAUUUAUCAGUGGACUGUCAAACGAGAAUUGUCCGAGUUUUAAUUUCGCCACUUCCAGCAGUUCGUGCUCAUCCGCGUUUCGUUUGAUUGAGUUGCCGUAAAGAUUUCUAGUUAGUUUUCUCCUGCCGUCUUUGGGUAAAUAUUUGUCUUAUCUAAACAGAGUGCCUUCGUUCUUGUAGUGGAAAAUGUGCGCAAAGUGAAUGUCACGAUUUUCACAAUGUCGUGCUUUGAGGCAACAGCGCAAUCUAAUCACUGCAGGCAGCCCGUGACCUUGAAGUCCACUGUGGCUAAUGAGGCAAAGGACUGUAACGAUGUGGACUGUGAGGAUAAAUUCCUUAAUGUUUUGAAGGCGUUGCUGAAUCGAAAUUUCAAAAUCAACAAUGAUGUCUAUUUGGAAAUGACAAUCUCACACCUGUCGGGGAAAUACAAUCAAGAGCACAAAAAGUUGGUGAAAUCUCCUGUCGUUUUGCGAUGGUUAGAAGACGCUCUGGGACAAUGGGAAAGCGAUACCAUUCCUUCGGCGGAUGUUGCAGCCUUCACCCUGCAAGUUUUGGCCUUGAUUGCAGUGGAGGAGGCCAACUUCAGAGCGUUACAACAGGUACAACUGCUAGACCGCUUCCAGGAUUGUAUUCGUAAAAAGCCUAAGCUUCAGCACGCAUCGAUAAAGCUUGCCCACGUAAAGGUCUUAAAAGCAAUUUCCCAACAUGCUGCUGGUUUGAAUUGGAUUAAAAAUUCCGCCUCAUGGAGGAUAUGUCUGGAUUACUAUAAUGGUCAGCUGCAGACUAUUUACAUCACUAAAGAAACCUCACAUUUUAUAUAUGUUGUAAUGGAAAAGUUCGGAAAAGUUGGUGAUUAUGAUUUGGUUCUCGAAAUAGUUCGUACCAUUCUAUCGCCGCUACUGGAAGAUGUUUGGAAAUGUCCGGACCAAGAAAAUGCUGUUUUGGUUAACGAUGAAAAGGCGCAGCGCGUGCUGGCAUCGAUGCUGAGUUUGAUGUGUACAAUUUUUCGCAGUAUGCUGGAGAGUGGCACAACAUCACGUGCAGCCUAUUAUAUACUGAUCACUUGUCAUUUCGAGAGGAAACUAUGGACUUACGCGGACUCUAUUCUAGAUCACAACUUUCUAACCAAAGUCUGGGAGGCCCACAUACUGGCCAACUGUACGCGCCUCUGCUGCAUGGAUAUUCCAGAGAGUGAUAUUCUGACUACCCCGCUACCAUUCGAAAAGUACACGAUCAACUUUCUAAACUAUAUGAAUUUCUCAAUCCGUCGGGGUAAUGUGCACAACGUAAUGCUUAUGGCUCAGAUGCACCAUCACUCGUGGCGUCUUCUAGCUGACCGCGCUCCGGAAGAGGUUGUGCUGAAAAAUCAGCAUAUCAAGUUUGGAGACCAGAUUUUGCUGCUUCAGCUAUUUCCUGUGGUUUAUGUGCUGAAAAGUUUUGUUCUCAAAGAUGUUCCGGACUACAUCGAGAAAUUUUGCAGUUCACUGUACGACAUUUCCUGUGAGUAUACAAUCCGUUUGGUUUACGCCUGCAGAGACGUGUUCGAAGCUAGAGGACCGGAUACUGCCAAACAGUUGGCUAUCAAGUCGAUUCAGGGGAUCUCUACGAUGUCGACGCUCCCGAGACAACGUGCCAUUAUUGCAUUUCAAGCGUUUGUCUAUGUGCUGAAGGAAUUUCUUCCGGAUAUGUGCUAUCUGGAGACUCAAAACGGUUGCUCUAAAACGGACGUGGUCCUGUCUAAGCCGAAUCUGCUGGCGGCCAUUAUUAACGGGAUGUACUCGCUUAUCCGAAACUACAAAUUCACCUGGACGGAGUGCCUUGAAUCGAUGACGGUGGUUAAUUUUAUGCUUAAUUUACUGAGCAAUCCCAACCUGCCAGUAAAGCAUGUGAUUCUUGCCCUUAAGUUGACCCAGCUUUCGAUCGAGUACUUUUUGGCACCGAAUUUAGCUCUGCUGAUGGAUAACUUACAGGGAUCCGGGCUGCAAUUUGUUGGUAGUGUUAUUUACAAACGUCUGCAUGAUAGCAGCUGGGAAGUUCGAGAUUCGGCCCUGGAGCUGCUGGCAUCGAUCGUUGAAAUUUCCGAAAUCAAGUUUCCCUCCUUUCAGAAGCUCAUUCUCGACUGCGACAUAAUUCCGGUGGUUGAGGCGGCAGCUAAAAAUGAUACCGAACCGUACGCUAGAGCGUCGGCCUUACGGUGUCUUUCGCUUAUGGUUCGUAUACGAUUACUCUGGGAGCACUCGCUGAGCAAGCUAAAUUUAAUGAAUCAUCUGAUAACGUUGUUCGACACCGAAAGCGAAGGAAUAGUGCGCCGUGAAGCAGUCAACACCGUCCGGGAAAUCUACUCCAAUCAUAAAAUACACUCUCAGUGUUUGGACAGCGUAUUUUCGGUUUUGGCAUUUUCGGCCGUUAACGACUUGUACUGGGAGGUGCAGAAAAACGCACUUCAGUUCUGGCAGGUGGUAAUGUGCCGCCAGUUUCAGCAUCAAGGAAUGAUAGAUGGAAUGUUUCCCGCAGUAACUUUUUCGAAGGAGCACAAAAAAAUCAUCAACCUAACUGAUAAGGAAAUACUGCUACGGUUACGAAAAGUUCUCAAUGAACUUGCGCUGAGAGGCUGCCUUGGGGUAUUUUUGGGGUGCCUUGAGGAUCACUGUGACAUGGAGGUAGUUAAGGAAGCGGUGAAAAUCAUUCAGCGAUUGAUGUCCUACCUGAACAAGUACAACUAUAUUGAAGAAUGCAGAAAUCAAGUGGAUCCUGCCACUGGCGAGCGGGGACCGAUGCCAGUAUUCGAUACCAACUAUUCCGAGUACCCCAACAAAAAACCAGUGCCUCUCCCUGCCACCCAGCGAAACGAUGCGGACUACAGCAGUGGCAAUGUACCUUGUCUGAUAAAUUCAGACGAAAUCAUCGAUUCGAUCGUGAAUCUAGACGAUGUCAACCUCCUAUCGAUCAACUACCAAAAAAGGCUGAAGGUCGCUCCUACCGUAUCAUCGUCAUCGGCGGGCAAUUCGUGCAACUGCGAGUCGAGCAAGGUGCACGAGGACCUGUUCAAAAAAUACGCCGAAGUGACGGCGGACGAUUUCAUCGCUCGAGUGCUGCAGAUUGAUUUUGAUGCACUGAUCGCCAGCCGGGAGCAGUGGAUGCAUCAGACGGAAAGUUUCUCCUCGUUGCUGGAUGAUGUUUUGUUCUCAUACUACGCGGCAGACGUUAACGAUGCAGACUGCUACUGAGCGCGGACGGGGUAGUGCGAAUAACGUUUUAUCUAUUGUUGAUAAAUGCUCAGCAUCCUUGCUGUAUUUUUUUUUCAUAUAGUAAUAGCUAGCGAGCUCAAAAGUCGUACACCGUUUUCGAAUUAGUCACAAUUGCUAUUGUAGUUUAUAAAAUGAAUAAAUAACAGUUUUGUAUCGUAACUAA